GUAAAUUGGUAUAAACCUAUAUUAUUUUCUAUGUGCUGACAAACUAAUUUUGUGAAAGUGCGUCCAAGAUGUGUAAAUUAUUAAUUUGUGGUUUUAUUAUAGUUCUUCUACUGAACAUCGUUGAUGCCCUGAAAGGUCAUUGUAAUCAACAGGAGGACCUUCUGCAGAGGUGUUCGAUGGCUCUUCCCGUUCUGAGUUCAAGAGAAAUAUCUUUUGCUCUUACUCAAGAUGAGCUAGCCAAAAGCUGCAUUGAACUCGGUUCCGGCAUAAGCUGCAUAGAUAACUACACGGACACAUGCAUGGAGAAGCACGAACAAGUGGUGUUCAGAGAGAUCUACUCGGGCAUCAAAGAUGUGGUACAUGAUUUGUGCAUCAGGGGGACCUACCAAGAUGAAUACUUGAAACAUGCUAAUUGUGUAAAAAACGUACGCCCAGAUUACGAGAAAUGUAGCAAGAAAUAUGAGGUCACACUUACUACACUGAGUGAUCACCAGAAAAACGAGCAGUAUCAGACUGACGAUGCUAUAGGAACAAGCCAAGAGGACUAUUUAAGGACUGUUUGUUGUUCAUUCCAAGAAUAUCUGCUGUGUUCGGAGCAGACUGUGCAAAGAUCAUGCGGAGAUGAAGCUGCUCUAUUCACCAGUGCGUUUCUGAAGCGAAUGGCUUCCAACAUUAUUAAGACCUUUUGUUUGGAGUAUCGGGGGCACGAGUGCGGGUUGCCCGAUACCGCCGGUGAUGUCAGCAGCAAUGUGGCAAUGAUAAGCAUCACAGUAUUCGCGAAUCUACUGGUUUACAUGGCGGACGCGUGGGGGCCGACGUAAUUUUGUUUUAAAAUUACCAUUCAAGUAGAACGCUCAAGUGUUGCCCGCAACAAAAAAAACUUAAUAAAUCG